AAUCAUACAGUACUUAUUCUUUCUCCAAGGGGCAUUGCUGAAAUUUCUUCAUCCCGCUCUACCAAGUGUUGUCUCUGGUGCUACUGAAGGGCCAUCAACAUCGUCUUCGUCACAUGUUUAUGAGGAGGAGCAAGUGGAAGACAACAUUGCGGCGUCCACACCACUUCCCAGCAGUGGUUCAACAGAAGCAGUGCCAUCAACUCCAUCACGACUUGAGGAGGAGCAAGUGGAAGCAUCCACACCACUUCCCAGCAGUGGUUCAACAGAAGUGCCAUCAACUCCAUCUCCACUUCAUGAGGAGGACAAAGAGGAAGAUGACAUUGACAUGGCAGAGACCACCCCACCAUCCAGAACUGGGGUACCUGUAGGUAUUGCAAGCACCACAUUAAGUGAUGACCCAGGAUGUUGGCCCAGUGUCCUAACAAGCAGUAUGCGCUGUGAAAUAGUCAAAAAAGGACCUGUGCAAAUCAUGGACAUUGAAUUCCCGCAAAACUUAGACAAUCCUCCUCGAAGAUUCACCAAGGACAGUUACAAAAGAACCAUGAAAAAUGGUGAGAAUAUACAUCGAUCGUGGCUGGUGUAUUCCAUCCACACAGAUGGAGUGUUCUGUUUCCCUUGUACUGUUUUCGGGAAGCGUGAGCGUGACAAUGCCUUAACGACCUGUGGCUACGGUGGAUGGAAGAACCUUUCCUAUCGCCUAAAAAAACACGAGUGCACAAAGGUGCACUGUGACAAUGUGAAAAAGUGGCACGACCUUCAGAGGAGACUGCAAACCAGUACACUGAUUGAUCAAAGACAGAUGGAGUUGAUGCAACUUGAAGUUGAACACUGGAAAGGCGUGAUUCGGAGAGUGAUUGCCAUAGUUUCCCAUCUGGCAGAACGCAACCAGGCUUUGAGAGGAACUACCAGUACCGUGUAUGAUCGCCACAAUGGGAAUUUUCUGGCUCAAGUGGAACUCCUAGCACAGUUUGAUCCGGUAAUGAAUGAACACAUCAGACGAAUACAAUGCAAAGAGACAAAGGUGCAUUACCUGAGUGGAGUCAUUCAGAACGAAAUCAUUCAGCUGGUCGGAGACAAAAUCCUACAGGAGAUUGCAAGAAGAGUGCACAAAGCAAAAUACUUCUCCGUGAUCAUGGAUUGCACUCCUGACAUCAGCCACAAGGAACAACUUUCUGUUGUUCUCAGGAUUGUCAACUGUGAAACACCUGUUUCUAUUGCUGAGCAUUUUUUGGGAUUUGUACAUGUUGAAGACACAACUGGUAAAGGGCUCAGUGAAAUCCUGCUUGACCAGUUGGAGAAGCACAACCUCAGCAUUUCAGAUUGCCGUGGGCAGUCAUACGACAAUGGCAGCAAUAUGAUGGGCCACAAACAGGGUGUGCAGGCAAGAAUUUUAGAGCUGAACAACAAGGCGCUAUGCAUCCCAUGCAGCAGUCACACACUAAAUCUGGUUGUGUCAGAUGCUGCCAAGUCUUCAGUGUUGUCCAUGUCUUUUUUUGGUAUGCUGCAACGACUGUACAACCUUUUCAGUUCCUCUGUGCACCGCUGGGCAAUUUUGAAGCAGCAUGUGAAGCAGCUCACCCUUAAGCCACUUUCAGGGACGAGAUGGGAGGCCCGAAUUGACAGUGUGAAGGUAGUGCGGUACCAUCUACCUGAAAUACUAGACGGACUGUCAGCACUGGAGACAUAUGCUACAGAGAAGGGGGACUCAGAGACCAUGUCCUCAGCAAAAAGCUUACAUGGUGAGCUUAAAACAUGGUCCUUUCUUCUGUGCACAAUAACCUGGUACAACGUUUUGUAUCAGGUUAACCAUAUGAGCAAGCUCCUCCAGAGCCCGGAUGUUUCAAUGCAAACACUGAAAAAAGAAACCGAGGGAGUGACAGAGUACCUAGAAGAUUUCAGGGAAAAUGGACUCGCAUCAAGCCAAACGGAUGCAAUGGAGAUUGCAGAAGAUCUGGAAAUUGAGAGGAAAUUGCCUGAGAAAAGGCAACGUAAAAAGAAAAGGCAGUUCCUUUACGAGAGUACAGAUGAAACCCAAUCGACCCCAGAAGAGGCCUUCAGAAGGGACUUCUUCCUGCCUUUGGUUGACACUGCCAUCACCAGCCUAAAAGACAGAUUUUCCAGACUGGAGGGGGUGUAUGCCCUGUACGACUUCCUGUUCAGCAUUGAUAUCAUGAGGGCCACAAUCAAGACUGGGAAAUUGCAUGAGAGAUGCAGGAAAGUGGAACAAACCCUCCAUGAUAUUGAUGCAGACGACUUGGCAUUGGAGAUCAACUCUGCUGUCCACACCUUUCCAGAUGAAGUAUCCAGGUGCCCAUUUAAAAUGCUGGACUACAUAUACAGUGAGAAGCUGUUGGACCUGUACAGCAAUUUAAGCAUUGCACUGCGCCUACUUCUGACCCUUCCUGUCUCGGUUGCCUCCGGAGAGAGGAGCUUUUCAUCUCUGAAGCGCAUAAAGAAUUACAUGAGGUCAACUAUGAGCCAAGAGAGGCUCUCUGGACUGGCACUCAUGUCAAUUGAGAGUGACGUCCGCAGGUCUUUGGACUUGGAGGGGAUUGUGUCUGCAUUUGCUGAGGCCAAGGGCCGCAAGCAGCAGUUUCAGUAGGAAAUAAAAAAAAUAAUAAAGGCUACUUUUCAGUGUAUGUUUGACCUCUUUUGUGAUUAAAACGCACAGAAUUGCGGAAAUUUUUUUUUUAAAGGCCCCCAACAACUUCUUUGCCUAGGGCCCCCAAAAUCCUAGA